AUGGCAGAGCCAUCAGUCAUCCUUGCAGAGGCCAUUAAGUCUAUCUCACAUGCUACCACCACGGCUUUACGGACGUACGAGCAAGGUGCACGCGCACAGAUCGCCCAAGCACAGGAAGAGAUUCGACAACUCAGACACGAACGCGAUCAGGCGGUAACGGAGGUGCACGUAUGCCGUCAACAGGAGCAGACAUGGCAGCAGGAGAUUUUGAAGUGGAAAGCGGCGAUUGAUCAGGCUGAGGUUGCAAAUUCACACCAAAUCGAGUUGAUCGAACAAAUACGGCGGGAAGCCCAGCAAUGGAAAGACCAAUAUCUACGCCUCGAAGAGUCGUCGCGUCAGGAGGCUCAAGGCUGGAAGGAUCAAUACACAAGAGUGGAGCAGGACCGUGCCAGGUUAUCUGGACGUCUCGAGCAGCUUGUAACCGAUCAACACAACCAUAUGUCCACUACACCUUAUGCCCCUAAGCCCAAUGGUGCAUCUGCCAUCAAUCCCCCCACUACAACCACAUUCACUAAACGAGCCUCCACCUCAUCCGUUGCUCCUUCUCUUCUGGCCUCUACCUCCACCCUUCCCCCUCAAACACCAUCAACACGAAGACCACGUUCGUCCACUGUACAGGAACCUAAAUACACUAUCCCACCCUCUGCCCCUUCAGCUCCUGCUCAGGUUACUGCGCCUAUACCUGCAACGAGCGGUCAACCGCUUGUUCAAAGCAGGGUCAUCCGCCGUGUGCACGCUGUGAUUAAUAUUCCAGUGAAAGAAGAGGACGAAGAUGAAGAUGACGGACACCCAUCAACGCAAACUCAGCCUCGACCUCGACAACCGACAUCUCCCAAGAAACGGCCCACCAGUCGUGUCAGUAAUGCAUCUGCCUCAAGGUCCUUAACAGGACGGGCAAGAAAGCAGCAGCCUGUCUCUGAAUCAGGAAGUGAAGACGAGGAGGAAUACGACGAGCAAGAUUACGAGGACGACGGCGAAGUGGACGAGGAUGCCGAUGCCGACGGUGACUAUGUAGAACCCAGAGCUGCGAAAAGUGGUAUAAGAAGGAAGAAGACUAGCCUUGCUGGUGCGCGGACAGGACGGCUUGCAGAGGAUGAGGAAGAUGAACUGGCUAUGGGCGCUGAGGACAAUCACGGUGAAGUAUAUGGCCAUCUUAACGUCGGUCCCCCCCGCGGUAGACCACGAAAUAAAACCACGUCGGCUCCUGCUCCAACUGCUCCUACUGCUACCCCCUCAUCGGCGAACAAACGGAAGCAACGUCCGUCAGAGGCAGCGGCCACGACACCUGCAAAGCCAGUCAAGGCUCGAAAAGCACGGUAGAUGCCGUCCAGCGACUCCAUC